AUGAACAAAGUAUUCAAGUUGGGAUAUCAACACAUGAGUAGACGAGGACAAAACAGCUGCUACAGAUAUGAACUCAGAAAUUCCCGGACGGUGUGUGAAAACACGGAUCAUGAAGUUGCUGACUGCGCACAGAGAUCUCAAUCAUCCUCUCUUCAGAUGUCAAUUCAAAAAAUCUGCUGUUGCUACACCAGGCUCUAUAAGUAGGGCUAUGAGUUGCUUUGGGAACUAUGAGGACCAGGGAAAUCUUAGGCAUAUUAUCGCCGUGUAGCUUCAAAUCAUCAGCAGAGUAUAGUUCUGAACUAUAGCAAGAGAUGGAGUAGGGUAGACUCUUCCACCAUAAGCAGCGCUAGAAGUAGAGCACUAGCAGAAGGGGUCGUGAUCCAUUUUUGGCAGUCUGCACUGAACUUUCGUGCGAGAUUAGUCGCACUAUUGUAUUGCGCCGAUCAUGAUCACACUCAGACUUUGUAGAUGACUGGUGAGGCAUGUGAGGACUUCACCGGUCGAGAUCUCAAAAACAUUAGUUACGUCCGAUCUCUGCGCUUAUGCUUAGCACAGGCUUGCUUCACUGAUUUCGGGUUUGCUAGUCGUAGUCAAUUUUUUACCUGUCAGCUCAUGCUUUAGGCGGUUCAUCAGUAAAUCAAUCAUCAGUGCUGCGGCGUGUCAUACCCCUGCAGGUGUGCUGACUUGCUCAUGGGGCCCCGCUGCGUCGGGUUGCGCCUUAGGUUUUCUACAGGAGUCGA